GGACUACCAGGGAGGCUGGCUCACGGGCGACCUGUGUGAGGACCUGUGUGUAGCAGGGGAGCUGCUGUACCAGCGCUGUCUAUACUAUGAGCGUGGCAAGAAGGUCCUGCAGGCCCAGUGGCGUGGCCGGCCUGUUGUCCUCAAGUCCAAGAGGGAGGCCUUCUCCAGCUUCCCAGCCCUUGGCCUAUUGGAGAUGGAGGCAGGACAGGGAGCCCAGGGUGUGCCUAAGGCAGAGCUCCUCCUGAUGGUGGCUGGGGAGGUCAAGAACACUUUAGGCCUAGAGCUGCGCAACAGCAGCAUGGGACCCUUGUGGCCUGGCCAUCGGGGCCCUGGCUGGAGGCGGCAGCUGGCCAGCGCGUGGUCCCUGCUGCAGCAGGAGGAGUAUGUGUACUUCAGCCUGCUGCAGGACCUCAGCCGCCACGUCCUGCCUGUGCUGGGCUCCUGUGGACAUUUCUAUGCAGUGGAGUACCUGGCUGCUGGCAGCCCUCACCACAGUGCUCUCUUUCCCCUGGAUGACGCUGCACCCCAGGGUGGCCGGGCCCGGGCCAAGGCCAUCAGCCAUAUUGCUCUCAGCUUCCUGGACAUGGUGAGCCACUUUGAAAAUGACUUCUCCCACCGCCUCCACCUCUGUGACAUCAAGCCUGAAAACUUUGCCAUCAGGAGUGACUUAACGGUUGUGGCUAUUGAUGUGGACAUGGCCUUUUUUGAACCUAAAAUGAGGGAGAUCCUUGAGCAAAACUGCACGGGGGAUGAAGAUUGCAAUUUCUUUGACUGUUUUUCAAAGUGUGACUUGAGAAUAAACAGGUGUGGAGCUCAGCGUGUCAACAGCAACCUGCAGGUCAUCUGUGACAAAAUAUUCCGCCACUGGUUCUCCUCGCUUCCCGUAACCUCUGCUGUGUCUUUCCCGCUGAGGCUGCAGUUACAACAGGCCGUGUGGGAGUGCGCCAGCUCAGAAGACCUCACCCAGAGCUCCUGGAGAGCCGCCCCACAUGUGUUCUGGAAGCUUCACAGGCUCCUCCAGGCCAUGCUGAAGGAGCUACAAGAGCUCUCUAAUCCAGACAAAAUUUCCUUGGGAUGCGCUUCUCCAUGCUCUGCACCAGCUCACUCUGAGGAACUGGAAUUAUUAGAGACUCCCACAGCUCUUGAUUCUGACCUGGAAGACUACCUGCUCUUCCAAUCCCUUGACCCCCUUCACUGGCAUGUGCCAAAUGAUGCUAAAUUUCAUAAAGGGCCUUUUCCGGUCCCUCAUAUGGAGACUCGCUUGACAUCUGUGCUACUUGGUGGAAAUAGUCACCCUCUGGCAGAAGUUAAAACCCAAGUUGGCAGAUUGUCACAGCUGGUGUCUGGCCUUGCCAUGCUUGAUGCUGCCAUUUCUCUGUGGGGCAGCUUUUUACCCAUGGAAGGGUCACGUAAAGAUGGCGUGAGAUGGAAGUGGAGGAAAAAGGCCAUGGACUUUGCCAUCUGUGUCCUCAGACUAUGGGCUCUGUGUAGGGAGAUCAAGUGUGUCUCCAGUGUCAGAUCCUGGGAUUAUAUGCCUUCAUUAGUGGCACUGAGCUCACUGGCCAGACAGUAAAACUAGCUUGGGAAAGGGAAAAAGUUAGUUUUCAUUUCAACUGAAAUGGAAACAAAUGUUUUUGUUUACCAAGGAGACUAUGCAAUGUAUAAUUACCCAACACUAUAGUGGUUUUAUUGCUGAAGGAAGCCAUUUUAUCUCCUCUUAUUUUUUACUACCCAGUUACUUUCUCUGUCUCAGUCUCUCUCUGUGUCUCUGACUCUCUCCAUCUCCCUCUCUGACACACACAUCCUUUUUCCAUCCCCUUUAGGGUGGUGACUCUAGAUAUGUAGUAACUUUAGAUAUGUGGUAAAGUUUUAUUUUUUUGUUUAUUUUCAAACCCUUGCAAAAAAUUCUUUAUAUAAUACA